UUGUUCUUUUCUUCUCCCUCGUUUCUUCCUUCCUUCUCCCGCGUGCACAGGACCUGCUCCUCUCUUCUUCUCUUCUCUCUAUCUGUUUCUUCACCGCCGGUCUCUCACCAGCUUUCUUCACCGCCGGCCUUUCACGCACGCUGCACAGAGAGAGAGAGACCGAGAGUGAGUGAGAGAACGAGGCAGAGAGAAAGAUGCGGACUGAAGAAGAAAGCUAAGGGGCUUAAUCCGGCCAUGUGGUUAGUGAGGAAUCAAUAAUACUAAAAAGAUAAUUUGUGUGGAUUUCCCUUGGGAUAUCAAAAGAGAUUUUCAAAUAAUGAGAGGGCUUUCUUCUCAAUUGCUGCUUCUCAUGCUUGGGCUCCUAUGUACCCAAUGCAGUAAUUCAGAGGCCAUAUGCAUAGAGGAAGAAAAACAAGCAUUGCUCGAAUUCAAACAAGGUCUUGAAGAUAAUUACAGUUUGCUUUCUUCUUGGGGGAGUCAUGAGGAAGAUUGCUGCAAAUGGAAAGGAAUCAAAUGCAGCAACCAAACAGGUCAUGUUGUCAUGCUUGAUCUCCGGCCUGUUGAUGGGAAUCUACAAGGUGAGAUAAGCUCUUCAUUACUGGGAUUGAAGCAUUUGGUUUACUUGGAUUUAAGUUUGAAUCAUUUCUUCAUCCUCCCAAGCUUCAUUGGUUCACUCACUAAAUUGCAAUAUCUCAAUCUUUCCAAUACCAAAAUGGUUGGCAACAUUCCACAGCAGCUUGGAAACCUCUCAAGCUUGAUUUCUCUUGAUCUCAGCUUGAACGAGUUAGAAGGUUCAAUUCCAAAAGUUUUGGGGAAUAUGGUAAGUCUUGUUCAUCUUGACCUCUCUUCCAACAACUUCGAGGGUACGAUACCACAAACUUUGGAGAAUCUUUACAAUUUGCAAGUACUAGACUUAUCAAACAAUAGCAUAAGUGGAGAGGUACCUGAUCUUUCAAAAUUUCCUUUGUUGAGAGAGUUACAUCUAUCUAAGAAUCGGUUGAAUGGGAGUUUAACCAAAGGUAUGGGAAAACUUUCCAAACUCCAAAUUCUAGAUGUGUCUUCAAAUUCUUUCGAAGGUGAUAUCACUGAUUCACAUUUGUUGAAUCUUUCCAGCUUAAAGCUAUUGGACUUCUCUUAUAAUUUUCUGUCUUUGAAGUUUAGUUCAACCUGGGUUCCACGAUUUAAUCUAGAUACCAUAGCAUUGAGGUCUUGCAAAUUGGGGCCAGCUUUUCCUAAAUGGCUUCAAACACAGAAGAAUUUUAUGCAGCUCGAUAUGUCCAAUACAGGAAUCUCAGACCCCAUUCCCAACUGGUUUUGGGACCUUUCUUGGAAUGUAGGGUACUUAAAUCUCUCCCGCAACCAGUUCACUAAUACCAUACCUCUUCAAUGGUUUUUGGCAAGAUUUAUUGGUUCUCCUAUAAUAGAUUUGAGUUUUAACCGCUUUAGAGGUUUGUUGCCACAACUUAAUUUUGAUUGGACUGUGCUAAAUCUCUCCAAUAAUCUGUUCCAAGGAUCCAUUACAUUCCUAUGUGAGACAAAUGGAUCGGUUAAAGCCAAUUAUAUGCCUUCAUAUUUGAGUUACCUUGAUCUUUCAGAUAACUUGCUAUCCGGAGAACUCCCUUACUGUUGGGGAAAUAUGGUGCCCUUGACCGUGCUUAAUUUGGCAAAUAAUAAUCUCUCGGGAAGAAUCCCCGAUUCUAUUUGUGGUUCUACGACACACGGGAUUCAGUCGUUGCAUUUGCAGAACAAUAGUUUCAUUGGAGAAUUGCCCAGAUCAAUGAUAACCUGCUCUUCAUUGAGGUUACUUGAUCUAGGAGAAAACAGAAUCUCUGGGAGGAUACCAACAUGGAUAGGCACACGCCUACCACAUUUGAUGAUUCUUCGACUGUCAUCAAACUUGUUAAUAGGGCAUAUACCAUUACAAUUAUGUCAUCUAACAUCUCUUCAAAUCUUGGACCUCUCUCAGAACAAUAUUACAGGGACUAUACCUCAAUGCCUCAAUAACUUCACUGUCAUGGCUCAAACACAAAGUUCAUAUGUAAGCAUUCCUCAUCCAUAUAUUUCAUCUUUUGGGACAUCCUUUCUUCUCACAUCUGACUACGUGGACAAUUUGUUAGUGACUUUCAAAGAAAAAAGUCUCGAGUAUGGCAAAACUCUUGGACUGGUAAAAGUCAUCAAUCUUUCAAGCAACAAAUUAAAAGGAGAAAUUCCAAGAGAAAUAACUAAUCUUAGAGGAUUGAUUGGGUUGAAUCUAUCUAGGAACUUCUUGACUGGCAUCAUUCCUCAGGAUAUUGGUUACCUAGAGAGAUUAGAGUCUCUAGACUUGUCAAGAAAUCUCCUUUCAGGCAUAAUUCCCCAAAGCUUGGUUACUUUGAGCUUACUGAGCCACUUGAGUUUAUCAAACAACAACCUGUCAGGUAAAAUCCCAUUAGGUACCCAACUCCAAAGCUUCAGUGCUUCUGCAUAUGCAGGUAACGAAAAUCUUUGUGGCUUGCCUCUUCUGAAAAUUUGUUUGGGAGAUGAAGCAACCCAAGAUCCUCGAAUUGGUAGCAACAAUGGAGAAGGCAAUAUUCAAGAACAUGCAAACUCCAACGAGCGUCCAUGGUUUUAUAUUAGCAUGGCACUCGGAUUCAUUGUUGGUUUUUUGGGUGUUUGUGGAUCGUUGCUACUGAAGAGUUCUUGGAGGCAUGCGUAUUUUCAGUACCUAGAGAGAAUAGGAGAUAGGCUCUACAAAGCCAUAAUUAUUGCCAUGGCCAAAUUACUCAGAAACUUCAAGACUCAGUGUUAACAAGAAAGCCUUUAGUCAAUGUACAAAUGGUGUUCUCAAUAAUUGCUCUUUCUUUCAAAUAUUUCAUGCUUGUAGUUUUGUUGUCGUUUGUCCUAUGUAAAUUGUAAUGGUAAUAUAAAUUUUGGUUUUUGUUGAAGUUAUUAA